AGAGCGGCGGCAGCCAUCUUGAUUAGGGCCUCAGCUGCCUUCGGCGACGGUGUGGUGGUGGCUGGCGUGGCCUGCCCGUGUGAUGCCUGUGUCGUACGAGUUUUGCCGAGUGUAGUGCGCGGCCAACAAUUACCGCAUCGACUGGGGGGCCGCCGUGCCCAGAAUGACCGGGAACGACGGCAUGGAAGGCCUGAUUCCCAUCGUGAACAGGCUGCAAGAUGCAUACGCACAGCUCGGCUCCAGCCUGACACUAGACCUGCCACAGAUCGCCGUGGUCGGCGGGCAGAGCGCCGGAAAGAGCAGUGUUUUGGAGAAUUUUGUCGGCAGGGACUUUCUACCGAGAGGCUCUGGUAUUGUCACCCGACGACCACUCGUGCUGCAACUGAUCAACUGCAACACAGAAUAUGGCGAAUUCCUACACUGUCGAGGAAAGAAAUUCAUGGACUUCGAUCAGAUUCGUAAAGAGAUCGAAGAUGAGACGGACCGGGUGACAGGCAGCAACAAGGGCAUUUCGAGUGUGCCCAUCAACCUCAGGGUCUACUCCCCACACGUGCUGAACCUGACCCUGGUCGACCUCCCGGGGUUGACCAAGGUCCCCGUCGGUGACCAGCCCGCAGACAUUGAGAAACAGAUCCGAGACAUGAUCCUGCAGUUCAUCUGUAAGGAGAACUGCCUUAUCCUGGCCGUCACCUCGGCCAAUCAGGACCUCGCCACGUCUGACGCCCUCAAACUUGCCAAGGAGAUGGACCCCGAAGGUCUACGCACUAUUGGGGUCAUCACGAAACUGGACCUCAUGGAUGAGGGUACAGAUGCCAAGGACAUCUUGGAGAACAAGCUUCUCCCUCUCAGGAGAGGCUAUGUGGGUGUGGUGAACAGGAGCCAGAAGGACAUUGAGGGCAAGAAAGACAUCAGGGCAGCCCUGGAAGCAGAACGAAAGUUUUUUCUCAGCCAUCCCUCGUAUAGGCACAUGGCAGACCGCAUGGGCACACCGUACCUUCAGCGGGUGCUGAACCAACAGCUAACGAACCACAUCAGGGACACCUUACCCGGGCUCAGGGACAAGUUGCAGAAGCAGCUCAUCUCCAUGGAGAAGGAAGUGGAGGAGUACAAGAACUUCCGCCCAGACGACCCCUCGCGCAAGACCAAGGCGAUGCUGCAGAUGAUCCAGCAGCUGCAGACAGAUUUUGAGAGGAACAUUGAAGGUUCCGGAUCGGCAGCUAUCAACACGUCCGAACUCUCGGGAGGUGCACGCAUCAACCGACUCUUCCACGAGAGAUUUCCCUUCGAAAUUGUCAAGAUGGAAUUCGACGAGAAGGAGCUUCGGAAGGAGAUAGCGUUUGCGAUCCGCAACACACACGGUAUUCGGGUCGGGCUGUUUACUCCAGAUAUGGCCUUCGAGGCCAUAGUGAAGAAGCAGAUCGCCAAGCUGAAGGAGCCCUCCAUCAAAUGCGUGGACCUCGUGGUGGCGGAACUCGGAAACGUUGUACGGCGCUGCGCCGAAAAGAUGAGCCGCUACCCGCGGUUGCGCGAAGAGACGGAGCGCAUAAUCACCUCGCACGUGCGGGAGCGAGAGAACACAGCCAAGCACCAGAUUUCGCUGCUCGUCGAGGUGGAGUUGGCGUACAUGAACACCAACCACGAAGACUUCAUUGGAUUCACCAAUGCACAACAGACCGCGGAUGUGUCAUCGGCCGGUAAAAGAAAAUUGGGCAACCAGUCGGUGUUUGCUGUGAUUCGCAAGGGGUGGAUGUGCAUCCACAACCUGGGCAUCAUGAAAGGUGGCUCAAGAGACUACUGGUUCGUGCUCACAUCUGAGUCUAUCUCAUGGUACAAGGAUGAGGAGGAGAAGGACAAAAAGUAUAUGCUUCCUCUGGACGGCCUCAAGAUCAAAGACAUUGAGGCUGGCUUCAUGUCUCGACGGAACACCUUUGCCCUGUUCAAUCCAGACCAGAGAAGGAAUGUAUACAAGGACUACAAGCAGUUGGAGCUGUCUUGCGAGAGCCAGGAAGAGGUAGACUCGUGGAAGGCGUCCUUUCUCCGGGCGGGGGUGUACCCGGAGCGGGCCCAGAGUGCGGCCGGGGACGGAGAAGGGGGUUCCGACGGUAGCGGGUCGGAGGGCAGCGGCUCCUCGAUGGAUCCGCAGCUGGAGCGGCAGGUGGAGACCAUCCGCAACCUGGUGGACUCCUACAUGCGCAUCAUCACCAAGACCUUCCGCGACCUGGUCCCCAAGAUCAUCAUGCACCUGACCAUCAACGACACAAAGGAGUUCAUCUACUCAGAGCUGCUGGCGGCCCUGUACGCCUCGGGGGACCAGACGCAGCUGAUGGAGGAGAGCCCCGAGGAGGCCCAGAAGCGGGACGAGAUGCUGCGCAUGUACCACGCCUGCAAGGAGGCCCUGCGCAUCAUCGGGGACGUGUCGAUGCAGACCUCGUACCAGCCGACGCCCCCUCCCGUCAAGGACGACUGGCUCAAGAUGCAGCCCCCGGACUCCCCACGGCCGGCCCCUCCCUCCCCGGGGGGUCCCCGGAGGAAUGUGGGAUCUUCCCGGGCACCCCCCCCAGUCCCAGCGGCGGCCAGCCGGCCAGCCCCAGUGAUCCCAUCGCGACCAGAGGCGGCGUCGGGGGGCCAGCGUCCCCCCCCGGCAGCCCCACCCAGGCCUAUCAGUGCCGCUUUCCAGGCACCCCUUGUUCCUUCGCGCCCGGUGCCGUCUGUCCCUCCCAGAAUCCCCGACAGGCCCCAGCAGGUGUCCUCCUCGCAAUGGCCCUACUGAGCCCCCCCCUUUCCCCCGCUCCCCCUCCCACCAAACAAAGACACAAGCACAUGAGACUGAACUAGUGGGCCAAGUGGAGGCAAACAUGUGGUCCAACUGGGGGUGGAGGGCGGCGUGACGACCGCAUCGCAACCAGCCGCAGGAUCCGGAAGAGCAUUCCAAGGAGCAGCAGCAGACGGGGUGCGGGGGAGACAGACGCUCCGGUUUUCAUCCCCCCGCGACCUUCUCCGGACGCGUCGUCUGUCGAGCGGGCGACGACGACGGGACGUCCAGAGUCCUGCUAGUCCUGGCCUCAUCUCCUCCCCCUCCUCCCUUCCUUCAUUACUUUUUGAUUGUGUACGUUUGUAAUUACUGUGAUUGCAUUCGCCACCUCUUUGGUUGUCUUUUUUUUUUAUUGCAGCAUUUUUUUUUUUUGUGGUUGCUGGUUUUUGGUUUAUUAUGACAUAGCCAUUUUUUUGUGUUAACAUUCAGAAAGGUGUUUUCCACCUUAUUUGCAAUGGUCUUUUUUUUUUUUGUAAUAAAUUUAUUUUGAGUGGUGAGUUGGCCUAUAAAACAGGCCUGUCACAAGGUGACUCUGACAACAGGCUUCAACACAUUUUUUUGGAACUCGAUUGAGGAUGCUUGGUUUUUGUUUCAUGUUUUUUUUUUUCUUGUUUUGUUUAGAAAAGCAUGGGCAGAUGUUUUUGUGUGCCCUUCCGUACAUUUUUAUAUCUGCAUUGUAAUGAAUUCUUUUAAAGGGCUAAUUUAUUUGUGCAAAAUGUUCAUUGAAGGAAGGAAUCGAGAAGGCGUGGCUUGUUUUGCUGAUCGUCUGACUCAGAGUGAUAUGGUUUGGAAGGUAGGAAGGAUUUCCGAGGUCCCGGGGCUUGGCGAAGUGGUCGACAGUUGACGACGACCUUCUUCUUUCCGCAAUGGAACUUUGAGAUUAGCCCUGUUUACGUUAGUUGCUCGCCCUUUGUAAUGUAGCAUUUAGUAUUACUUUUUUUUUUCCUUCUCUUGUUUAGAUUGUGGAAGCGAGGAUGCAUGAUUUGCUUAACUACACCAAACUGGUUCGGUUGUUUGAGCUGCGUUUGUUACCGAAUUCCUCCGUGUUGUUCAUAGCAACUGUCUUCGCUGCGUAGCGCACAUCUAAUGGUUCCACUUAGUCUCCGGUGCUUUCGUUACCUGUGGUUUCGUUGACACACUGCGGAGCCUGGCUUGCUCGUCGAGGGUGUCGGCAGCCGUCAUGCAGGCAUGAGAAGCCGGCGAUGCCACAGGUUGGUUUUCCGCUCCCCUUUCUGUUGCGGCACUCUCGACCCCGUCGGCAAGCCCAGCUCUGCCGAUUCAGAACUAUUGCGUACUCUCCUGACGCCACGCCAUUAAGAGACGAGAGGCGCAGUAAUCGCACUCAAGACAAAAGUGCAACAUUUCUCUCUCGGGCGCAUAGAAGCGUGUACGGCAAAGUUUUAGCAUCGGUAAUUACCGUGAUUCUCUCUCGGCCCUAGCUGUAGCGGAGACGUGACCCUGUCCCCCCCCCAAUUUCCCAAUGUGCAGAUGCCUCUACUUACUCUUUCGCAAUGUAACGAGUGUUGCGCAGUGCACUCGGAACGUGGAAAUUGUGCGUGUUGGCGUUCAAAGUGUGUGCACACUUGUGAGAAUGUAUGAUAUAUAUGACAACUGCAGACUGGGGACUUUGGUGCCAGUAGUGUACACUGGCAGCGAUGUGUGUUUGAAGUUAUAAAUUAAAGAAGUAUUGAUGUUGGCGAA